AUGCUUUAUCAAUAGAUGGGCAGCAAUAGGAAUAAUCGUGUAGACUCUUCUUUUAGCAGUAAUUAGUCAGCUAAUGAUUAAUAGGAUGCAAAGCUUAUUUUUCAAUAUAUAAAUAAGUUGUCUCUAGAGAAGCUAAGAAACUUGCUAAAUGGUUUAGAACUGAGAAAGAGCUUGGAAAUAGUUAAUCUUCAAGAUGAAAAUGGUUACAGUGUUCUGCAUGCAGCAGCUUAUUAUAAUACUUUCAGAAUAGCUGAAUUUCUAGUGAAUUAUUUCAGGGAACGACUAGUAAAAUAUCUAAAGCAAAAGCAUCUUCAGAGAUAUAGUAAUCUCAACUCCUCAAAUCAAUCAAAUCUAUCACUUGAUCAUAAUGCUGCAUAGUCUAUUAAAAGAAGAGUUAAAGAUACGAUUAAAGAUUGGGUGAAUCUUCCGACUAGAGGAGAUGAAGGAUUUUUCCCUCUUCAUUUUGCUUCCUUUCAUGGGAAUGUAAGACUGAUUAAGUUCUUGGUUAAGUGUGGUGCAAAUGAAUAUGCGAGAAAUAAAUAAGGAAUUAAUAUGAUGCAUGUAGCAGCUUAAGGUGAUUAAGCUUUUUCACUAACUUUUUUUAAGAGUAAGAAUGUUCCUCUCACUGAGACUGAUGGAGAACAAUCGACUCCUCUUCAUUGGGCAUGCUUCGCAGGAUCUGAUACUGCAAUUUACUAUCUUUUAGCAUGGGGUGUAGAUGUUAAUGCUAGAGAUAAUCUUGGAAACACAGCACUUCAUUUAGCAAUAAAAUCAGCAGAAUCUUUUCCAAAUACUAGAGCAAUCAAGGAAUUACUAAUUAAGGGAGACAUUCCCUCGAAUGAAUGGGUGAUAUCAUGUUUGUCAUUCUUUGCCUUAACAAAUCUCUUCUUUGUCUUAACAUGGAGGACUAAUCCAGGUUACCUAUAAAAAUCACCAAAAGUUAGCUUUUUAAAACUAGUUGAAAAAUUUGAUCCAAAUAUGUUAUGUCCUACUUGUGAGAGAGAUUCGAUCAUCAUUGCUAAUGGAUCAACAAUUGUGUAGGAAUCAGGUAGAUUUUAUAUUAGACCUAAUUAUUUUUAUAGAAAUCAUUCCUAUUUCUACUUGUACAUUUUAUGCCUAGAAGUUUACAUGAUCAUCAUAGACAUCAUUGGCAUGAUAUAUAUUGAUACUGAGUUUAACGAAGCAUUUAUUGCUUCCCAAUCAUAGGACUCUCUUAUACCUUCAGUUUUUCAUAACAAGACUUAAGUUUAAAUUAGCUUCUAGAUAUCGCUAAUUUUGAGUAUAUCAAUGGCUACUUUCUUUCUGAUUCCAUUAAGUUUCUUGAUGGUUAUCUAAACUUAAAACUUCCUAUAUAAUCAAACAACAAACAAAAGAUUCAGUAGAUUCAAAAGAGCAACUGCAAAUGAUUAGGCAAUAGCAGAUAUAGCAAAUAUGAGAGAGUCAGAUGAAGAGUAAGAACUUGCAUUCCCAGAUAUAAAAGAGAAAAAAAGAACAGAAUCCGCUGCAAAUUUUUAAGAUCAAGAGACGAUUGGAAAUUUCAAAUCUAGUUCUCAAGUUUCUAGAAUACACCCUCUUGACUCUCCAAUAGGUUUUAACGUAAGAAGAAAUUAGGGCUUCUUAGGAUACAUAAGAAAUUGUAUGCAAAUGUGUUGCGGUAGAGGCUAAUUAAACUAGAAUGACAUUUACCAUAAAUAUCAUUCAGAAAGGCAUGGCGGAAGCUUGAAAAUAGAGAUUGAGAACUAAAAUACGCCUUCCUCCAAAAGUUCAAAAACAACUAAAAUUUUAUUCGAGUUUGAUGUAAAAUCAUCUGAAGCUUAACUACUUCAAAAAUUUGACUCAGCCGACCAUAAAACUUGA